GGCAGUCGUUCAGCCGACAGCAUAACAAAUCCAAUGCUUGUUUCUUGACCGCGCGUAACCGUUUUCGGCCAAGGUCUGCUAGUGAACCGCGGUGUAGGAGAAGGUGGUGACACGCAAAAUAAGGGUAAUCCCCUUGAUUUAGUGAAUCAACUGGUUGGUUCGAACGGAUGGGUAUUUCUUUGUGAAUGGAAAUUACUGGUUACCGGUUCGGAUUCGGUAUAAUUACGCGUGAAAGUGAAAGACUUGUAGAACGCAGUGUAGUUGUGGUCAGUGAUAUAUAAUUGACAUAAUUGUCAAUAAGAGGAAAUAGAAUGAUGUGGCGAGGAAACUCGUUGAAUGUAAAGUGGUUUUGACAGUGACAUUGAUGUAAAAAGUUGAACAGCUGGGAAGGCCAGAGAAAGCAAAUUCAAAUUUAUAUACCUAUCAUCAUACGGAAAUCCAGCGCUGUGAUACUCACUCAACAAGUUUUGAUUGAGUUGGGAAAUGUUUUGAAAACAUUACCAUCAUUAAAAUGAGUACCAGCUAGCGAAGCGCUUAGGGCCCACUGAGAUUCACGCCGGAUUCUGCAAUCUGAAGUUUAAUAACGAAACAAGACAGCACAAUGAGUGGCAUUCAAAACGAAGCGUUUGACCAUGACGGGAAUGGCAUCCAGUUAUCACACCGCAAAAGUGGCACAAUUAUCAACACAGAGACUCCGGACAGCUUUCAUUCGGCAAUUUCACAACCCGCCGCCAACAAACCCGGUGAAACUAUGCUCAGUAAAAUACAGGACCAGCUGGAGCGCCACAGACCCCACAUACGGAUAGCGUGGCUGGUGGCACUUAAUGUGGCGGUUAUCAUUUUCUUCGGCUUCGCCACUAAUCACUAUCUCGAAAAAGAGAAAACAUGCCUCAAAAACUGUGGCAUGCAGUGGUGCGAUGGCUACGGAAUGCUGAUCCUGCUCCUGGGCUUCAUAUAUUGCGGACUGGUUUACUACAACAUAGUAAAACCCCUUCUAGGCAAACCAUUCAAACAAUCCAUCGUUAGACCGUUGCGGACAUCGGUGCGGCGAACCUUUGAGAGCUUAUAUUCCAAACUAGCCGCCAUCGGUGUGGUGCUUGUUGGCUUUGCCAUUUUCUGCUUCUUCGAGACGAGAGAUGAACCUGAACGAUUGAUGUCUCUAAUCGGAAUGGUCAUUUUGUUCCUUAUAUCGUUUCUUUGCUGUAAGCACCCCACAAAAAUCAACUACCGCCCGGUAGUCCUCGGCGUGAUAUUCCAAUUCCUCCUGGGACUGUUCUGCAUUCGCUGGGAGGUCGGGCGUAGUAUAUUCACCUGCUUCGGGGACAAAGUGGCAACAUUCCUCAACUAUUCCAAAGCGGGUGCAUCAUUCGUCUACGGUGACUUCAUCGUCAACCAAGAAGCGGUGUUUGGUUUCGCCGUGUUGUCUGUGAUAUAUUUCUUCAGCUUCUUUAUAUCUAUUCUGUACUAUCUGGGAGCGAUGCAGUGGGUGGUCAUGAAACUAGGGUGGAUACUGCAGACCAUUCUGGGAUCAACGGUUUGCGAGAGUGUGAUUGCCGCCGCGAACAUCUUUCUCGGUAUGAGUGAGUCUCCGCUGUUGAUUCGACCAUACAUCAAAGACCUGACUCUCUCAGAGAUUCAUAUGAUUAUGGCUUCCGGUUUUGCAACCGUCUCGGGAACGGUCCUGGCAGCCUACAUCUCAUUUGGAGCGGAACCGGCUCAUCUCAUCACUGCAAGUGUAAUGGCCGCUCCGGCUGCUAUCUGUUUUGCGAAGCUGAUCUACCCAGAAACAGAGGAGAGUAAGACGCGAUCCGACAACAUUCAAAUGGAGAAAUCGACCGAUUCAUCUCUUCUGGAUGCCGCUUCAAACGGCGCCAACACUGCCACCGCAUUGGUACUCGGAAUCAUUGCUAACCUUAUCGCUUUCGUGUCCUUCAUUGCAUUCCUGAAUGGUCUGCUUGAUUGGCUUGGAACUCUGGUUGGCCUGAAAAAUACCUCGCUGGAAGACAUUUUUGGAACCAUCUUCCGACCACUAGCAUUCGUGCUGGGCGUUCCCUGGGACGAAAGCUUCUACGUGGGAAAGCUCAUCGGAACGAAAACGAUCAUCAACGAAUUCGUCGCCUACCAACGGCUAGGGGAGUUCAUCAAGGCCGAGGUCAUAUCACCACGGUCUUCGGCCAUCGCUACUUACGCUAUCUGUGGAUUCGCAAAUCCCAGUUCAAUGGGCAUUAUGAUCGGCACGCUAAGUGCCAUGGUGCCAGAAAAGCGCGGUGCAAUUACAUCAGUUGCCUUCCGUGCCUUUAUCACCGGAUCCAUCGUGUGCUUUAUGACGGCCAGUAUAGGAGGUUUACUCAUGGACGCUAGUAUAUUCAACAAUAUGGGAGGAUCGAACGCCUUGAACACACUCAGCACGACUAUCGGUGGUUAGAUGUUAAGUCGAAACGAAAUUAUUGGAUUAAGCUUUAAUAAUUAACAACUAUACAGUAUUUUUAGAUUAUCGAUGUGUGAUUGCUCACUACUUAUGAUUACGAUCCCUUAUCAACGAUAAGUUAAUUAUGUAACAUAUCUGUAAAUAUGUUGAAUAAGAGCGCAGUAGCCGUUUAUUCGUACUUUCAUUAGUUCCCAAAACGAGAAUCAGUAUAAUUAAUAUAAUAUAGAAUUUUAGUCAUUACUGAAUUUGCUCGAUUCAAUAAGAACAUAUAGUAUCAAUAUCUCUAUACAAAUGAAUUCAACAAUAAAAAGUCAUAGGAGGGUUGUGUCCAAGACACGACCGCAUAGUUGAUGUAGAAUUCCGUUAGGCUAUCUGUUGAUUUUGGAUAUGUUUGAAGAAUUACAUCGUUAAACUCUUCGAUAAUGAUUAGGCCACCUAAUCAUUAUCGAAGAGUUGUACGAUGUAAUUCUGAAAAGGGCCGUUUUGUUUGGUUGUUGAGUAUUGUUUGGUCAUUCCACCAGUGUUUACCGAGUGAUGAUGACAGAAGGAUGGUGCGUAUCAGAUAAAAGAUAGCGAAGUGGAACGAGAUAUGAUGAAAACCGCCCUCUGUGAUCCUAGACAAGAUGCCUCCUGUGUUAUGUAUGGAUGAAAUAAAGAAAAAAAACUCACCAAUGUAAUACAAGAUAAUUACCAAUACCGAACACAAUCAUCAAUUUUUCUCAUCAGUAAAAACAUGUUACUUUAAUAUAGAGAAAACAUAUUUGAAAUGGAAAAGGUAAUUUUCUUAUAUAAUUCUUACUUUCUGAGUGUUUAUUCAACCCAAUGCGAAUUUUAAUUGGACUAACCACACCUAACACUAUAUGUAGAGCAAUCACUUUUCUAAUAUUUCUUCACUUUUCCAUUUUUCCAUACAAAUGAAAUACAAAUUUCAGAAUAACUCGAGAAUUAAUCAAGCAAACGAACCCAAAUUUGGCAUGUGGCAAUUGAAAAUUUUCGGAAAACUCUGAAGGGGAAGGGAAAAUUCAAUUCCCAUAUGUGCUAUAAUUACAUAGUGACAAGCGAUGUUAGUCCAUUUGCGCCAACGAAAUUGAUUUUUGUUCGAAAGUGGAAAUGGAUUUUAAAGUGAUAAAACGCACUCUUAUAUCUUCUUCUAUCUAUAUAAAUAAAAAUGGCCGAAUGUGUUGAGCAAAACUCGAAGAAGGAAUUAUCCGAUUUAGGGCUAUCUUCAUUCUAUCAUAUUUUCUGUAUCAAACAUUUAUUCGAUGUAGCAGAGAAAGAUGUUAUUUGCAAAUGAUUGAAAAAUCUUGAUCGAGAAUUGUGUCUGAAAAUAACCUAAUAUUAUAAUGACGAGUUUUGGUAGAAGUCCUAGGAAAUUUAUAUUAAAAGUUAAUUGUAAAGGGUCAAUUAGAAGAUGAAUCAAUGAACAGUUCUGCGAUUGGACCCAUGAUCGUAAGUAAGAAAACAUGAUUGU